AAAUUACACACUAGGCCAUAGAGAAAGAAAAUACUAGGCUAAGACUCUCCUGGAAACAACAAGUAGACCUAGGCCUAGGCCUAGGGGCCUCUCCUAGGCCAGUCGUCAAAAAAUCAUUGACCAGAUCCAGGCCAUUUCCCAGAUGACCUUAGGAUUAACUAGGCCUACCUAGGACCUGGGCCUUAUCCGGGGCCUGGCCUCUGUAGGCCUACUCCAAUGGGUAUAAAUCCUGUAAUACUGUAACUAGUAGUAGUAAGGCGAGACCGAGUGUUACUUAAGUCAAGGUGCAAACCACACAAGUUCCCAAGUACUAGGCCUAGGCCGCUACCAACUUUCUGCUAGGCUAGGCUAACCCAGUGGAAGCAGGUCAACUCUGCCACAAGCCAACUCAGCCACAGUAAACUUGGCCACAAGUCAACUCUGCCACAAGCCAACUCUGCCACAAGCUGGCUUGGCCACAAAAAUAUGGCAGCUUCUGAUUCAGAGGUUGAUACAAGUGAACGAAAUCUUCGGCAUCGUAAGCGUUCAGGCAGCAAACUGCGACGUGUUGGUUCUGCAACCGAAAUAGACGAUGCUGUCAGACAAGAGGAACAGGAAAGAAAGAAGCAGCCAGACAUUCCCCUUCAUAAACCCCAAGACUCACUGCUGAGCAGUGGCAGUGGAUUUGACAAUUACCGUGGCUUCCUCAACUUAUGCAUCAUUCUCUUGGCAAUGUCGAAUACACGUCUGGUGUUGGAAAAUCUUAUCAAAUAUGGCAUUUUGGUGGAUCCAAUCUCUUGGAUUUCAGUAUUUUUAAAAAAUCCAUAUAGCUGGCCUAAUUUAUCACUGAUAUGUGUACUUAAUGGUUUUGUCUUCAUUUCACUUGGCAUUGAAAAAUUGCUAUCAAAAGAUAUAAUUUCAGAACAUCUCGGAUUUAUCCUAAAGACUCUAAACAUUCUAACCAUUGUGAUAUGUCCAGUUAUUGUUAUUACGAUUUUUAGACCAAAUCCAGUUGGCUCAUUCGCUGCACUUGGCAUAUAUACCCAGGCAUUCUUGAAGCUUAUCUCAUACCAUAUUGUCAACAAAUGGUGCCGUGAAGCCAAACGCACCAAAUGGCGUCGUAAGAGAGGAGCCAGUACACCUGCACCCCGAUUAAAGAAAAUGUUAAAAGAAAAAGACCUUGCUGAGAAAGAACAAAAUGAUGUGAAUGGUGACAUUCCAAAAGUUGAUUCAACAGUAGUCAAAUAUCCAGAUAAUAUCAACUUAAAAGAUAUGUAUUACUUCCUCUGUGCUCCCACCCUCUGUUAUGAGCUGAAUUUUCCCCGCUCAGCAAGAAUCAGAAAGCGUUUUGUUAUCAGAAGAAUCAUUGAAAUUGUGUUUUUGAUCCAGUUAAUGCUGGGAUUGGUUCAGCAGUGGAUUGUUCCAACUGUUAUGAAUGCUGUCAAACCAUUUAAUGAGAUGGAUCUUAAAAGAAUGGUUGAAAGGAUUCUAAAACUUGCUAUUCCAAAUCACUUUAUCUGGCUCCUGUUUUUCUACUGUUUCUUCCACUCGUUACUUAAUUUGAUUGGGGAACUGAUUUGUUUUGCAGAUAGAGAGUUCUACAGAGAUUGGUGGAAUUCUGAAACAGUUGACUAUUUCUGGAAGAAUUGGAACAUACCUGUCCACAGGUGGGCCAAAAGACACAUAUAUGCACCCAUGAGGAGGAGAGGCUAUUCUGCUAUCCAGGCUGCCAUUGCUGUCUUUUUGUUAUCAGCUAUCUUUCAUGAGUACCUUGUGAGUGUUCCAUUGCACAUGUUCAGACUGUGGGCUUUUGCUGGCAUGAUGGCACAAGUUCCUUUUCAAUAUAUUACAUCACAAUUCUUUCACGGAGCAUAUGGCAACUCAGCUGUGUGGAUCUCUCUAAUCAUUGGUCAACCUGUGUGCGUAUUGAUGUACUUCCAUGAUUAUUACGUGAUCAACAUGAUUGCAACCACCAAUGCUACUACAUCAGCCAUUUAAAUACUUGGUUUGUACAAUCUACUAACCAUCCAGGUAGUUAGGUCUCAUGAUCAAUAGGUAAAUUUAUAAUAAUGUCUGACAAUAAUAGAGUAUGUUUUAAUAUUUGAGGCUUGCCAUUCCAAAACCAGUGUACUAUCAUUAAACUGAGUAAUUAGCAUAUAAAUGUCUCAUAAUAAUAGUACUGAGAAGCUGCUGAUUUUACUCAUGACUUAGGCAAUAGUAAGUCGAUCCUCAUAAAUGACCUAUAUUUUUAAAGCUUACAAUGUGGAGAAUAUGAUUAUGUUAAAAAGCCAAUUUUCUUAAUAUUUUGGUCACUGGUGCUGAUCUUAGCAUGGCAAGUCCCAUUUGGUUAAUUACCUCUUUCACAAGCUUAUAUAAUAAUUAAUUGUGAGCCUGCUUUUUGAUGCUUUAUGCCCGUUGAAAACAUAAAUAUCUUGAGCUUUUAUGAUGCAUUUUUCCCUGCAUUCUCAUUUUGGGGGCCUCUUCUUUAUUAAUAACAAUGUUGUCUACCCUACAUUUACCAUUGGCUAUAAAUGUCAUAUUGAUAUAUUGGCCAAAUUGAUCAUCAACCAUUA